AUCAUCUCUUUGAGUUUGCAAUUCCAAGAUCACGUUGAAGAUUCCCUGCAACAACCGCCACCUCUGAAGUUAUAGAAAUCCAAAUGGCGACUCCGAGGCUAACGAAGCUGCCGAGCAUGAGGGAAAGGGUGGAAGACACGCUUUCUGCUCACCGAAACGAACUCGUCGCUCUCCUUUCUCGAUACGUGGCGCAGGGGAAGAAUAUACUGCAGCCUCACAACCUGAUUGAUGAACUCGACAACAUCAUAGGCGAUGAUUCCUCCAGGCAAAAGCUCCGCGAUGGUCCCUUCAGUGAAGUUCUGAGGACUGCUCAGGAGGGGAUAGUUUCACCUCCUUUUGUUUGUAUAGCCAUACGACCAAGGCCAGGCGUUUGGGAGUUUGUUCGUGUUAAUGUCCAUGAACUCAGUGUCGAUGAGCUGACAGUAUCUGAAUAUCUGCGAUUCAAGGAAGAACUUGUGGAUGGGCACAAUGAUGAUCCUUAUGUUCUUGAACUGGAUUUUGAGCCAUUCAAUGCAUCAUUUCCUCGCCCAACUAGAUCUUCUUCUAUUGGCAAUGGGGUCCAGUUUCUCAAUCGACACCUAUCUUCUGUCAUGUUCCGCAACAAGGAAUCUCUCGAGCCGAUACUUGAUUUCCUUAGAGUGCACACACAUAAGGGCCAUGUAAUGAUGCUGAAUGAUCGGAUACAACAUGUCUCCAGGCUCGAAUCUGCAUUAGCCAAAGCCGAUGAUUAUGUCUCCAAACUUCCACCAGACACGCCGUAUUCUGAGUUUGAAUAUGUUUUGCAAGGGAUGGGUUUUGAGAGAGGCUGGGGAGACACUGCUGCACAUGUUCUGGAGAUGAUGCACCUUCUCUCUGACAUCCUCCAUGCGCCCGAUCCAUCAACUCUUGAAACAUUUUUGGGUAGAAUUCCCAUGGUCUUCAAUGUGGUUAUUUUGUCGGUGCAUGGGUAUUUCGGCCAAGCAAAUGUCCUUGGAUUGCCUGAUACAGGUGGUCAGAUUGUCUAUAUUCUUGAUCAAGUGCGUGCCUUGGAACACGAGAUGAUCCAAAGAAUAAAGAACCAAGGCCUGAAUAUCACUCCCCGUGUUCUAGUCGUUACCAGAUUAAUACCCGACGCAAAAGGCACAUCUUGCAACCAGAGACUCGAAAAGAUUUGUGGAUGUGAGCAUGCACAUAUCUUGCGCGUACCUUUUAGAACCGAGCAUGGGAUUCUCCGCCAAUGGAUAUCAAGGUUUGAUAUCUGGCCAUAUCUGGAGAAGUUUGCAGAGGAUGCUGCAAGUGAGAUUGCUGCCGAACUACAGGGUGUACCUGACCUAAUAAUUGGCAACUACAGCGAUGGAAAUCUUGUGGCUUCUUUGUUAUCUCAUAAGAUGGGAGUCACAGAGUGUACAAUCGCUCAUGCAUUGGAGAAAACUAAAUAUCCAGACUCUGACAUAUACUGGGAGAAAUUUGAGGACAAAUAUCACUUCUCAUGUCAAUUCACUGCUGACCUACUCGCCAUGAAUCAUUCGGAUUUUAUAAUCACCAGCACUUAUCAAGAAAUCGCCGGAACGAAGAAUACAGUUGGCCAGUAUGAGAGCCACACUGCUUUCACUUUGCCGGGAUUAUACCGUGUUGUCCAUGGUGUUGAUGUUUUCGACCCUAAGUUCAACAUAGUUUCACCCGGUGCAGAUGAGACCAUAUACUUUCCAUAUUCAGACAAGGAGAGAAGACUGACUUCUCUCCAUGAAUCCCUUGAAAAACUAAUAUAUGAUCCCCAGCAGACUACUGAGCAUAUUGGGGUGCUGGAAGAUCCAUCAAAGCCAAUAAUCUUCUCAAUGGCAAGGCUCGAUCGGGUCAAGAACAUAACAGGGCUGGUGGAGUUGUAUGCCAAAAAUUCUAAGUUAAGAGAACUGGCUAAUCUCGUCGUGGUGGCAGGCUAUACCGAUGUAAAACAAUCUAGUGACAGGGAAGAAAUUUCAGAAAUCGAGAAGAUGCAUUCGCUUAUAAAGCAAUACAAUUUAGAUGGCCAGCUGAGAUGGAUAACAGCUCAAACGAAUCGAGCACGCAAUGGUGAACUCUAUCGCUAUAUAGCUGACAAGAGAGGAAUUUUUGUUCAGCCUGCAUUCUACGAAGCCUUUGGGCUGACGGUGGUGGAGGCCAUGACCUGCGGCCUCCCCACAUUCGCCACGUGCCACGGAGGCCCAUUGGAGAUCAUUGAAGAUGGUGUAUCCGGAUUUCAUAUCGACCCAUAUCAUCCCGACAAAGCGGCUACCCUCAUGGCUGAUUUCUUCCAGAAAUGCAAUGAAGAUCCAAGCCACUGGGCUAGCAUAUCUGAAGGUGGUCUCAGCAGGAUUUAUGAAAGGUAUACAUGGAAGAUUUACUCUAAGAGGCUGAUGACGUUAGCCGGCGUCUAUGGCUUCUGGAAGCAUGUCUCCAAGCUGGAAAGGCGCGAGACUCGCCGGUAUCUAGAGAUGUUUUAUAUUCUCAAAUUCCGGAAUCUGGUGAAAUCUGUUCCUUUCAGUGCCGAUGGCGCGGUUUAGAAGGGAUCUUGAAAGGUAUGAACCUAUCCUUGUACACGAUGAAUAAAAAGGAAUGUGUAAAAGAUACAUAUCGAGCUUGAAAUUGUUGAUCAGCUUUAUAAGUUAAUAUAAUGCGCGCGGAAGCUACUUAUAUUUAA